AUGUUCUUUCCUCUGGCUUUCCUAGCUAGAGAUAGUCUGCUAUCUAAAUUGUAUAUUUAUUCAUGUGCACGACGGCGUACGACUGCUACUGUUCCUCUUGAGGUACUGAGAGCAGGUGCUAAUGAAUUACAGCGUAGUCAGUUGUCUUUGCGACUCUGGUCUCGUUUGGCUUUGACUUUAGUUCAUAGUGUGCGCAUGCACUACCAGUUGAUUCACGCUGAUUUGCUGCGCUUGUUCAAGCUAACACGACUUGUCCGAGAAAGAGACCGUGUGUUUGCAGUGCCGAUGGAGCGAGUAACUCUUUCCAUUAAUCCGGCUCUUUUCCUUAGUUGUUCUGCUUCUGUACCCACUACCACUACUACUCGCUAUGAAACAGUUGAAGCGGUUGAAGUUGCCCGGGCAUAUAGUAGUUUACUUCUGAAUACUUCAAUGGCAGGUCCGGCUGAACUACCUAAACACACGCCUGAUCGACUAGAUAGACGAAUUGAUCUUUUACGUAUUGAUCUUAAGAUAGUAACACUGCCGCCUAAGAAGAAGGUUUGCUCUCUCUUUGGCCAAAGACAUAGUUGGCUAGUCUCAGAGGAGGAUAGUUUCGGUCGUCUAAGCUUUAUUGAGUUCCCAACUAGUGAGAUAGAUAUUUCCUCAAUUGAAGCACCUCGAGGCGGCAGUUUAGGCACUGAGCACUUUCCUUUACUAGAUACAUCUGACUCGCGCUCUUUUCUAAUAGACAGAUCGAUGAUCUCAGGACCAACAGUCAAUCCAGCUCUAGCCGAUUUUCUAUCUAUGCUUAUCUCAAUUACUGAAGGUAAAAUCAAAGCUGAACAAACAAUUCCCUACGGAGAAAUAAAGAUUGUAACUCUUCAGAAUGAACAUUCAAAAGUGUAG